AUGAUAUCUGAACCCAACAAGCCAGCACCUCUUCAAUUCGACAAGACCAUAUUUCAUUUCACGUUGCAUCCUCAGGAGAACCUUGUUGCAACGGGCUUGAUCAACGGCAAAGUUUAUUGUCAUCGAUACGGCAUAGAUCAGCAUGAUCAACAAUGGAUGGUCAAGCCUUUCAAAAAGUCCUGUCGUGGUGUUGAGUUCAGCCCGGACGGCAAAGGAAUCUACAGCAUUUCCAAAGACAAGACAAUUUGCCUGCUUGAUACAGAAACCGGAAAGGCAAUAAGAUCCAAGGAAACAGCACAUGAUGCGCCAUUAAAUGCAUUACUAUGCUUGAAUGAAAAUAUCCUAGCAACGGGCGAUGAUGAUGGUAUUAUCAAACUCUGGGAUAACAGGAAACAAGAUGCUGUCAUGGUAUACAAGGAACAUGAAGAUUUCAUUGCCGAUAUGACCUAUCGACCUGACAAGAGAACACUAGUUGUUGCAGGUGGCGACGGCUAUCUUUCUACUUGGGAUAUCAGAAAACCAGACGUAGCCGCCAUGUCGGAUAAUAUGGAGGAUGAGCUUCUCUCUGUGAAACUCUUAAAGAAUGGAGACAAAGCAGUGGUUGGAUCACAAGAAGGCAUUCUCAGUUUAUGGUCCUGGGGUGAUUGGGGAGACUAUAAUGAUCGCAUCGUCGGCCAUCCAAGUUCGAUCGAUACUAUUUGCAAGCUCGAUGAAGAUACCAUUUGUACAGGAAGCAGUGACGGCAUUAUACGUAUUGUUACCAUUCUCCCUAAUGAAUUCCAUGGUAUCAUUGGUGAUCACGGAGAAGACAUGCCUAUCGAACAUAUACGCUUAGCUCAUGAUAAGAAAUACCUUGUCAGCAGUGGGCAUGACAACGCUUUAAGAUUCUGGGACGUGGCCUACCUCUACGAGGAAGAAAAGGAGGAGGAGGAGGAAGAGGAAGAGGAAGAAGAAAAGGAAAAGGAACAAAAGGAUGACACACAAGCUGCUGAAGAAGAAGACGACAGUGACAGUAGUGUAGAACAAAAGCCAAGUAAAAAGAAACGAAAGACGGCAUCAGGCCCGAAGAGCUAUAAGGCGCAAAAGAACGCUGCAUUUUUCGCUGAUAUGUAA